AGNCAAAAAAGAGCUAUUACCGGAAGUGACGUCUAUUGAUAGCAACCUAUAGACCAUAUGAAGAACGUCGCGGUUAAAAAACCAUACAUAUGGAUAAAAUGACAAUAGAUUGGUCUUCCAAGCCAUUAAACUAAAGCUAACCUACAAAGGAGGUGCUUUUAAUACUAUGGGCCAUCAAAAAGCAGGUUCCAAAUGGUGCGAUUUUUUUUUCGACAAGACAAAAUGCUUUAAUCUUCCAUUGUCCUACCAUUCAUUAGGGAAAAUGCUAGUGCUUAUGAAGUCAGAUCACAUACAGGUUUUUGCUCACUCUUUUUCCCAACAACAGCGUUAUACUAACGGCCACAUAUAUCAAUCACUCCGGGUACGUAUACGUUUUGCUGUGCCCAUACACCACAAGAUCAAUACACAUCUAAGUCUUCACCAACCUUCAAUUGAAUUUUCUAGUUGUUACUUUUUGCGAUUCCAAUACAGGUAAGCUUAAGGCGCGAAACACGUUGCAACAUUGUGCGCAUAAUUGCAGGCAAUAUUCAAAAAAAAGUCUAAUUCUAGUUCAGCAAAACUACAUGCAACAAAUUGCGUCCGUCUUCCGUUGGUUUCUUUGUUCGUUCGUUCCUUCUUUUCUUCGUUCCUGGCCUUUGGCGGAAUGCACCAAAGUUAUAUAGAAAUAUCUUUUUAGAAUACUUAUUUUUGAUAGUUUUACAUUGUAAAUAUUUUGACCAAUUUUUGAAAUUCAUCUUGGGAUUUUUUUAUCUCUUAUAAUACUCAUGGGCUAUCGGAUUGUGUCAUAGUCUAUUAACUAUGAUUGUGUGAAGCUCCUUAUAGGUCGUUUUAGGAGUUGUGCGCCAAUCAAUAAAGAAUUUAUAAACAUCUCGUCCACCACACCUGCCCACUCGUUGAUUUGUAACAUAGGUAGGCGGUAAAAAGCAAAGGCUUGAGCAAAGGCUUGAGCGAAAAUCGAAACCAGAAAUUAAAGAAAUUUUAAGGCCCGAUAAUUUUACCGUUAUUUAUUUAUAAAUUAGGGCACAUCAUAUCUGCUGACGUCGUGAACAUCACGUGGGUUUCAACCGCUCUGAUGAUGGUCCUAUCGUUACAAACCAUCGACCCAUCACAUGCCAGAUAUUUGGAAAAGCACGCUUCUAAGGCUGAAAUAAAGUACGCUGUCUUCUGUGACGCGGGCUCGAGUGGGAUUCGAAUCAAAGUGUACGAGCUCAUCGUUGGUGUUCAUGCCCCGAUUAAAGUCUCUGACGUCAAAGAACUCGACGUCCCUAAACCAAACAAGGCUAAACCUGGCCUCAGUGCGUUUGCAGACUCUGUCAGUGAUAUCGGUAGCUAUCUUGAUGAUUUGAUUGACAGUGCUAAAAAAGUGGUACCCGCUGACCGGCAGGCAUCGACUCCAAUCUAUCUGUACGCAACCGCUGGCAUGCGGUUACUGGAAGAUGACGAGAAAAACGCGGUCAUCAAUGAAGUGAACCAACUCCUCUCAGAUGAGAGUUUUUCUCCAUUCCACUUCGAGAAAGACUUCGUAAAGAUAAUAAGCGGACAAGAGGAGGCCUUGUAUGGAUGGAUUACAGUAAACUUCCUCAAGGGAAUCUUCUCACAGAAGACGUCAGGCGGUUCGUGCGGCGCGCUGGAUUUGGGAGGAGCGUCAACACAGAACACGUUUAGGACAAGAAAAGACAGCGCACUUGUGACGUUUGAGCCAACCUUAGCCGGAAAAACUUAUCCCGUGUUUGCGCACAGCUACUUGUCCUACGGAGUCAACGAAGCCAGACAAUCAUACUACGAAUAUCUGGUGACGAAGCAAGGGUCUGACUGUAAGAAGAUCAUCAGCCACUGUCACAACGAUGGGUACGAAGAAGAAGUCAAGAUAAAUGACAAAGAUUAUCUCUUGAUAGGAAAAUAUAACGGGGUUCUUUGUAAAAAAGCGAUAAGAAAUAAGAUUUUCUGUAACGAUCCAGACAUUGAAGAAUGCCCUUUUAUCGUGCAGCCAAAGUUGAUGGGAAUUUUCUACGGAUUUAGCGCCAUUUAUUAUGCGUUAAACGAUGUGGAAAUGCUAAAGACGGAUGACGAUAUUGUCACUGUACCGCAAAUUAAGAAUUCCACCGAUACAUUCUGUGCUAAACCCCUGGAAGACGUAGAUACGAGCGUGUAUGGCCCGGAUAUCAUGUAUGGCGUUUGUUUCCAACUCAAUUAUAUUUACGAGCUUUUGAAGGAUGGGUAUAAUGUACAUGAGGAAUUUUUCACUUUACAUGUGGCAAAAGAUUUAAAUGGUUUUGAACUGAGUUGGGUCUUAGGAGCUAUGCUCGAAGCAACCAAAGUCCUUUAAAAUUAUUUAGUGUGCUAUUCAGCCUUUCAACCUCGUUUCCAGGGUCCACUCUCCUCUUCCUCGGAGAGUGCGCCCUGGGAACGAAGAUUUAUUUUCCUGGGACUCGGAAACUUCCAUGGCCAGACUCGGUACGUUUUCUUGCGUUUUCGCUUUAGUUCUUCAUAUUUACAACGGUUAAGAGGUUGUGGGGUUGGAGGGACAUGAGGCCCUAUGACGCAUAGUUGGUUAAAAUGUAGUGACUGAUCUAAGUUGUAAUGUAUAGCAAUUACUCUUUACUUAAGUUUUGGAUGGUUAAAAUUGAAAUAAAGAUAAAUCAUGAAUGAAA